AGAAAAUAAAAGGAAGGCGACGAGGCGAAGCCAAAACAAGGUUGGCGGCUUCCCGACGAAACCUCCCGUUCCUCCGCGACCCCGCGAGCCCUCCGCCGCCGUCCGAUCUCCCCCACAUCGCCGCCGGUACCGCCUCCUCCCUCCCCCUCCUUAUCUUCUUCCUCCUCUGCCUUGAGCGCCUCCCCUUCCCCCCACCCACCCAAUCAUUGCUCGAGCGCUGCGCCCCCUGCGAAUCCGCAGCAGCUCGGCUUAUGCUUCACCUCGCUGAUUGGGUGCUUUGCUGAUUAGGUGCUCUGUUUAUCAGUCCAAUCCCGUCGGGAGAGCAGGCGGUUCAGGUGGUUGCCCCAACAAUUCGGGGGCUCCGGGAUCUCGGUUCCUGAUCGGUAGGCGGGCGGGCGUCGGAUCCAGCGGCCGUCAUCAUGGUUGUCGAUACGGUCAGCGCGAGCACCUCCAUUAUUGCGCCCCACCUGUUCGACCAGAGGUCCAGGGGCCCCCACCGCCCCCUCAGCCGGACGUUCCAUGUCGUCGCCUGCCGCCCCCUGGGCACCGCCUUCGCGGGCCGCCGCCUCGUGGCCCGGGUCGCCAGGCAGACGUCGCCGCGGCUCGCGGACUGGCCGGUCAAGGCGCUGGCCAUGGGGGUGACCAAGGAGGCCAGCCCGCGCAGGGAGUACCGGGGGAUCCCCGGGGACGGCGGCGACAUGGGGGAUGUUGGGGUCACCAACCCGGCCCCGUCCUGGCCCCCGCGGAACAGGGCGGAUGACCCCAAGCUGCACAACCCGCUGCUCCGCCUCGAGCGGAUGGGCUGCGGGUGGCUCGGCGUCAUCUUCGAGUGGGAGGGGGUCAUUGUCGAGGAUGAUGCCGAAUUGGAAAGGCAGGCGUGGCUGACCCUGGCGCAGGAGGAGGGGAAGUCGCCGCCUCCGGCUUUCCUGUUGAGGAGAGUGGAAGGGAUGAAGAACGAGCAGGCGAUUUCCGAGGUUCUCUGCUGGUCACGGGACCCCUCGGAGCUCAGGCGAUUGGCCUCGCGAAAGGAGGAGAUACACAGCAGCCUUCGGGGUGGCUCUUUCUACCAGAUGAGGAACGGUUCGCGGGAGUUCAUGAGCACGCUGGCCAAUUACAAGAUCCCUAUUGCUGUGGCCACCACACGCCCACGGAAGGUUAUUGAAGAAGCCAUCGAAGCUGUUGGCGCGCGGAGUUUCUUUGACGCCGUCGUGGCAGCGGAGGAUGUCUAUCGGGGGAAGCCUGACCCCGAAAUGUUUCUGUACGCUGCUCAGCUCCUAAGCCUAAUUCCGGAGAGGUGCAUCGUGUUCGGGAACUCCAACUCCGCCGUGGAAGCCGCUCAUGAUGCUCGCAUGAAGUGUGUCGCGGUUGCAAGCAAGCACAGAAUCUAUGAGCUUAGUGCUGCAGAUCUUGUGGUGAAGCAACUGGAUGAGCUAUCUGUUGUUGACUUGAAGAACCUCACUGAUAUCGAGUCUCCGGAGUUUGGCAUGGAACCUGAACCAGAGAUGGAGGAAGAAGCGUCCACACCAUCGUCAGCAGUGGGUGUAGAUUUAUUCUGGUAAGAGGCCCGAUUGUACAUUUGAUUGAUUCCUCUCCUGCACAGCAUGUAUUAUUGUCAACUGUUGUAGCGAUCAGGAAGAAGGGCUUAUCAUCCUUCUAAUCAGUAGAAUGUGAUAGGUAAAAAUGUUGUUUAGAGCUCACACACUGUAUAUAUACUCAGAAAGAAAGCAGGGAACUGAAUAUAUCGAUCAGGCCAUUUGGAACUGCAGUUCCUGAAACUAUGUAUAACACCACAGCGUUUCUAUUGUGAAAUCAGUGUUCCAGGUGCUACAUA